CACAGGGAGACAGGACAAACACCCAGGACCGGAGAAAAUCUAAGACGGCCGAAAAAAAAAACAUACGCACACAGAGAGAGAGUGUGUGUGCAACCAAAAAAAGAAAAGUGAAGGCACGAAGAAGAACACAACAUGAGCGAAGAAAAGGAACUGGCCAAGGGGCUCGAGGAGCAGUGCAGCGUCGCGCCGCAGCAGUCCAGCUCGGAGUCGAGCGCAGCAGUGCCCGCUGAGGGCAGCAGUCAGAAGCAAAAUGGGCGGCGCAAAGAGGGCGGCGGCGGCGGCGGUGGCAAGGGAGCGGGCGACGAAGGGAAAAAGGACAAGAAGCCGCAUGCGCGAGAUCCCCGGAGCCAGAGCCCAGAGGUGCAGCUGAGCCGCGCGCUGGCCUACAUCUGCCGCCACGGGGCCGAAAAGGAGGGGCUGACGGUGCGGCCCGAUGGCUACCUGCCGCUCGAGGCCGUGCUAGCCAGGCCGAGGGUCAGGAACAUCAAGAUGCGGCCCGAGGAAAAGAACAAAAAGAGCCCGCCGGGCCAAGAGGACGUGCUGGCCGUCGUCGAGUCCAACGACAAGAAGCGCUUCGAGGUCACGCAGGAGCAGGAGGGUGCGACCUGGCUGAUCAGAGCAGUGCAGGGCCAUUCGAUCAAGGAGGUCACGACACUGGACCAUGUCGACUUGACUCUCGACAACUUGGAUCUCUUGACUGCCACUCCCGGCGACAAGGGAGCAGCCAUCGAGGUCCUGCACGGCACCACGCGCGAUGCCUGGGCGCAGAUCCAGUCGUCGGGCGGCCUCAAGAAGAUGAAGCGCAACCACAUCCACCUCGCAAAGGGCCGGCCAGGCUCCGACGGCGUCAUCAGCGGGAUGCGGGCCUCGUCACCCAUCAUCAUCCACAUCGACGUCGUCGGCGCCCUCAAGGCCGGGUAUGCCUUUUCGAUUGCCAGCAACGGCGCAGUCCUCUCGCCCGGCAAGGGACCCGACGGUCUCCUGCCGCUCGACUUCUUCUCAAAAGUCGAAGAGACAAAGACGGGCAAUGUGAUAUGGCAGGGGCAGGGCCAGGGGCAGGGCUGAAAUGUAUGAAUAUUCACGUCACGAUUCGCCCGUGG